CCCGGAUCAAGAGUUUUUUUUUACGUUGCUAAGUGAACAGCCAGCUGAAGCGGUGCUCUUUUCUGAGAGCGCCACUGCAGCGCGCAUUCAAUUGGCUGCGAAUUUCUCUUUUUCCAGAAGCAGCUUCCAGCAGCGGCGAGGCUGAUCGGCCGCGCACCGCGAGUUUCAUAAAUUGGACUGGGGAUUUGUGGGUGGUUUGUGUUUCGCUGAGAUUUGGAGCUGAUUCUUGGACUGCGAGGUGUUUUGACUGUUCCGAGGGGUGGAGUAGUUUUCAGCUUGACUUUGUUGUUCGAUUUCUCUUGGCAAUGGGUACAACAGUGGCUCCAGCUUUGAGUUUGCCAUGCCGCUCGAGUUUGAAGCGGGUCACCACCUCGGCGCAUCAAAGUGCGUGCCCGACGACGCAGUUCUGCACAGUGAACUCGGUUCAUCGUUGGAACUUGCAGUCUGCUCCAGGAAGUAUUUUGAGUUCUUCUUCGCCUUUGUCAAUCAGCGGUGGCUUGAGAGUUGGGCGGUCGUCCAGACAUUUAGGUUCAAUCCGACAUGGUUUUUAUUUUUGUGAGGAUUGGCAAAAGCAUGCCACUGUACUGUACGCUAGAUUUUGCAAUUACGUAGAAAAGAAGAAAUUUGUAAGCUCUUGUGCCCUCGCAGAAUUUGGAUAUCAUGAGCUGGUAGCAAAUGUUGCAGCGCACAAUGGGGAUGGUGGAUCUGUUGGGGGCGCGUUAGCGUCUGAGAUGAACAUUUUUUCCCGAAUUGCUCGAAUUUUCAGGUCAUACGUAGAGCAAUUUGUCGGCUCAUCGGAAGAUCCUGAAAGGAUAAUCGAUCAAGCUGUUGAGGACAUGAACACCGACCUCGUCAAGCUACGGCAGACAGCUGCUCAGGUUGUGGCAGCAAAGCGUAUUUUAGAGAACAAGUUCCUUGCAGCUCAGCAGGCCAGCAAUGAAUGGUAUAAGCGAGCGUCAAUAGCACUGGAAAAGGGUGAUGAAGUAUUGGCUAGGGAAGCACUGAAACGUCGGAAAGCAUUUGCAGAUAGUGCGAAGUCGUUAAAAUCACAGCUGGAUCAGCAAGUGUCGGUUUCUGAUCGCAUCUUGUCAAGCACACGAAUUUUGGAAAGCAAAAUUUAUGAAGCUCGGAAUAAGAAGGAUCUGUUGAAGGCAAGGGCACAAAGCGCUAAAACCGCCAAAGAAGUCAAUGAGGUUUUGGGCUCAGUGGACACCACGAGUGCGCUCUCAGCCUACAAGCGCAUGGAAGAGAAAGUGGAGCGAUUAGAGGCAGAGGCAGAUGCUAUAACUCAAAUGGCAUCUGAUGAUCUUGGAUCCAAGUUUGCGCAGUUGGAAAUGGAUGUUGAUGUCGACGAUGAUUUGAAGGCAUUGAAGAAGAACAUGCUUGGAUCAUCCAGUGCUGCAGCGAAGGUAAGUGGGGAGCUCCCACCGUGGGAGAACGAAGUUCUUCGACCAGACAGGAGACUAAAACCCGAAAUUUUUAAACAGUACUGAUAUCCUCAGCCCAAACCCCCGCCUUUGAGGUGCAAUUUUCCUCGCUGGAUGAUGUAUAGCAGAUUUUUCAGCAACACUGUAAACUUCUUCCUCGAAGGAAGUAUAGUGACCGCUGAUGAGGUGAAGCUUAGUGUAAAUUAGUUUCUAAAAAAAAACUUCAUUUCAAACCAUUGUUUCUUCAGGAUUCAGCACCGUAUCUCGUCAAUGCUGCUUGCUGAAACCCAUUUCACAUAACAGCUCGUUAAAACACAUAAGUGCUUCACUUCACAAGGCUCACGGAUCAUUCCAAUUGUGCGACCUUGUUCUCAGCUCAUCACCGAUAGCUAGUGCAAAUCGACACUGCAGGGCCUGAGUGUGAGUAGUUACAGUGAGAUGUGAUCUACCCCCAUGAAAGCUGUAAACUGGACAAAGCAACUUGAAUGAUGGAUUGUUCUGUCACGCAGUGAUAGAAGGAUGGAACCUUAAAAGAUCUACACGCAAGCAAAUGUUAACUCUGGAUAUCUUCAACUCAAAGAUACAAAGUGGGUCCA